CCUUAGCCUCACCCUGAGGGUCUGCUGGCCUCCGAGGGGUAACAAGUCCAGGUUCAAUCCUGCCCCCCACUUCCCUGCAAGGCCGCCUCGGCUACAGCAACAGUUUCGAUUUUCUGAGCUCUGAAGUCCUCAAUGUCACACCUCCCAGCCAGUUGCCCGUCUGGGCCUCAGUGUCCCACCCAGAGCACUCACGGGGUCAAGGACGGGCCUGGCCCAGGUGAUGCCCAACAAUGGGGCCUCUUCACAAUGGUUGCCAGGCAACAGGGCCCCUCUCAAGGAAGGGAGCUCGAUGAGGGGGGGCUGCAGCCAGCAAAGGCGGACUUGAAGCAAGAUGACAACUACUCAGAAACACGACCUCUUCACGCCAGAGCCUCAUUAUAUCCCUGGCUAUGCAGGCUUCUAUCCGCAGCUGCGCUACCAGGUUGGGAAGACCUACGGGCGCACCACGGCACAGCUGCUCACAGACCCCAGUGUGCUCAAGAGCCCGUGCUCCGUGCUGUCCCCCCUUACCAAGCCCAAGUUCAUCGAGGACUUCAGCGAGUCCAAGCCACCCCUGAUUCCCUGCCGCGACCUCACAGAGCCCUACAUCCCCCACUACACAGGUCUGAAGCCCUACAAAAACUUUGAGAACCUGGGCCAGUUCUCCCCCCAGGAGGUGGAUGCUGAGGGGCUGCCAGGGGUAGAGAACACAUCCAAGCAGGUCUCCCUGCCUGCAGGCUUCAUGCCCUUCUACCCCUACCCCCCGUGCCCGCCAGGCAGAAAGGGGGACUCCAGGGGCUUCGGGCACCCGGGCCUGCGGCUGGCAUACGGGGAGGAGGGCUGGAAGAGCACGCCUGUCCACAAGGCCCCUGGACAGUAUCAGCUGUACCACUGCAGGAGGGACCAGCGCCCACCCACAGCCCACUGGCAAGAGACACUAGAUGUGAGCAGGUUCCACAGGCUGCCCCAGCUGGAUCACCCAAACAUGAUCCAGCGCAAGGCCAUCUCAGGCUAUGCUGGCUUCAUCCCCCGGUUUGCCUGGGUCAUGGGGAUGAAUUACCGCGAUGGAGUCACACAGGCCAUGGACGAGUUUGACAAGAACCAGUUCCUGUUUAGAAACCCCGUCUGUGCCCUGGGCGAGAGGCUGCCCCAAACACACUGGCCCAGCACCACCAUCUACAACAGCCGGGGCCUGGUACCCUUCUACAUGGGCUUCAUACCAUCCAUGCAGGACAACUUCGCACUGACCUUUGGGAACAGUACCCGUGAGGCCUACCAGAAGGAACUGCAGAGGAGAAACCGGACACUAUGA